UCUCCAGACAGAAUGUCAACCAGGAAUUCUACAGAUCUAGUUGAAUAUAUUGACAAGGGUCAUUCUUUCCUUCCCGUCAUUCCAAACACCCAGAGAAGCCAGCUGGAAGACAGACUAAACAACCAGGAGCGCACCAUAGCCUUCCUCCUAGAGCAAGCCUUUCGCAUCAAGGAGGACAUCUCUGCCUGUCUUCAGGGGACCCACGGCUUUAGAAAAGAGGAGUCGCUUGCCAGGAAGCUACUGGAGAGUCACAUCCAGACCAUCACCAGCAUAGUCAAGAAACUCAACCAAAACAUUGAGUUUGUCUCAAUCUGCCAGUUUAAAUUGGAAAAAAUUGUUAAUAUAAUUGAAUUCUUUGAAAUUGUUUUAAUUCACUUGCUACAGGAACUCCUAUGUGAUUCAAGUAUUGUGAAGCUUUCUGGAGAUAUUAACUUCAUGAGGCACGAGUACCGUCAAAAUGAGAAAGCAAUUCAAGAGCUCAUUUCAGCCCUGGAAAAUGUUUCUAAGAAUUUGGAUAUGAAGGUACUGCAGCUCUUGGGAAAGAUAGAGGCUUCCAGUUCUGAGCAAACCUCAAAUUUAAAGAUGAUCCAGGGGGAUUAUCACCACGAAAUGAACCUUUUGGAAUUCAAAUUUAAUUCAGUUUCAAAUAAUCUCUAUGAAGAAAUUGAAAACAAUAAAAAAUGGACAGAGAGCCAGCUGGUCAUCUAUGAAAAAGAUAACCUCGGCUAUAUCAAUCAAUGUUGGAAGCUCUUACAGGAUAAACUGGAAAAGUCCGAAAAUAAAAUGGAAGAAAAAAUUCUACAACUUGCAAGCAAAACAGAGAAUUUUAUUAAUGCACAGAAACAGGAAACAGAACUGAACAGAGUAAAGCAGGUAGAAAAUAAAAUGUCUAAAAAGAUUAACCAACUGGAAAAGCAGAUCUGGGAUGAACUAGAGAGAAUGCAGAUUGAAUAUCAAUCAGGGUUUAAAUCAAUUCAUGACUCUCUCAGCUCCCUUCAACAAAUACAGAAAACAAAGAUGCAAUUGGAGAAGCAUAAAGUCCAAAAAGAUCUGAAGAAGUUACAGCGCAAGAUAGUCGAGCUCCAAGAAGAAUAGCAUUCCCGGCCCUUGCGUGGGUGUGCGUGAGGCGCCGCGGAGGAGAACGCUGACGUCUCCGCGUGCUGUCGGCUCCUGUCCUCUCUGUGCCGCUCAGCCCCUUCUACGGGAAUGAAUGUAUCAAAAGAACCAAUAAAUC